AUGGUGAGAACGAAGAUCUCCGGCCUUGUUGCCCUCGUGGCUCUUACACUUGAAGUGAGUGCGAUUGUUGUACCACGCCAUUUGGAGGUCCACGAAAAAAGGGAAAGUUUACACCCGAGAUGGUCGAAAAAAGAUCGUGUUGAGUCACACAAGUUAUUGCCUAUGCGAAUUGGCCUAACGCAAAACAAUCUUGAUAAAGGACAUGAUCAUUUGAUGAAGAUAUCCGACCCUGCAUCUCCGCAUUUUGGACAACAUUGGACUGCCGAAGAAGUCAUUGAGGCUUUUCGUCCCACUCAGCAAACAGAAGCUGAAGUUCGAAAAUGGUUGAUUGACUCCGGUAUCCCAGCCGGACGCAUUACUCAUUCGGAUAACAAAGGAUGGUUUGCAUUCUAUGCGACUGCUGAAGAAGCAGAAAAUCUGCUGUAUACUGAGUACCAUGAGUAUGAAGAUUCAAUCACUGGUGGUGUCAUGCCCUCAUGCGAGACAUAUCAUGUUCCCAAGGAUAUUAGAAAACACAUUGAUUACAUCAGUCCUGGUAUCAAACUCCUUGCACCGAUUGAACACCCAAACAAUAAGUUGAAGCGAAAUGCUGAGGUGUUGGAGCAUGAAAUCUUCAAAAGGAAUACACAUGGUUUACUACGAGAUGCUAAGCACAGCUACAAUGGCACCAAUGCCACUGAUUUAAGCACUUGUGAUAUUGCUAUCACUCCUGCUUGUGUUGCCGCACUAUACCAAAUACCACCUGCGACCUUAUCUCAUCCAAACAAUUCUAUGGGUAUUUUUGAGUCGGAGCUACAAUUUUACACUCAAAAUGAUCUUGAUUUGUUCUUCACAAACUUUACAAAGAAUAUUCCAAAUGGCACACAUCCAAUUCCAGCGAAUAUCGAUGGUGGAAUGCAAUCAACAACUGAUCCGUAUUACGCUGGUGGGGAGGCAAAUCUCGAUAUUCAACUUGCUUACCCGAUCCUUUACCCACAGCAAAUCACUCUCUACCAAGUUGACGAUUAUAUCGUCCAAGCGAAUCAGAAUGAUACUUACACUUUUGGGUUUAACACUUUCUUAGAUGCGUUAGACGGAUCAUACUGCAACUACACUGCCUACAAUGAGACUGGUAACGAUCCAUACUUAGAUCAAGCCUACCCAGAUCCUCUUAUUGGAGGAUGGGCAGGAUCGCUCAUGUGCGGUACCUUCACACCCACCAAUGUAAUUUCUCUAUCAUACGGAGGACAAGAAUCCGACCUCCCAAUUUCAUAUCAAAAACGACAAUGUCUCGAGUAUAUGAAACUGGGUCUUCAAGGGGUAUCAUUCCUUUUCGCCUCAGGCGAUUCCGGUGUCUCAAACUAUCCGGGCGAUAUCGACGGCCCAACCGGCUGUCUCGGCCCUGAUCUCAAUAUUUUCAACCCGACUUGGCCCGGUACAUGUCCAUACGUAACAUCCGUCGGCGCCACAAAAGUUUAUCCCGGAUAUUCCGUCUAUGACCCGAAUCCGCCGUCUACGACCCUGCCGGCCAUCCAUACUCUGUCAAUUAUUCUUCCGGAGGAGGUUUCAGCUAGUUUUGUAGCAAAGUUCUUUGAGGAUUACAAUCCACCCUACCCUUACUAUAGCGCUUUGAGUAAUGACACCGGGGAUAUUCAGACAUUACCUGAUAUUGGUGCAUUGGCGGGGACCACUGGAGGUAUCUAUAACAGAAUCGGAAGGGGUAUUCCUGAUGUCGCGGCCAAUGGAGAUAAUAUUGCUGUGUACAACGGAAACGACUUUGAACUUAGCGGUGGUACAUCAGCCAGUACACCAAUUUUUUCUGCUGUCAUCAAUCGAAUCAACGAAGAGAGAAUCAAUAUCGGAAAGGGACCAAUUGGUUUCUUGAACCCAUCGUUAUAUGCUAAUCCAAGCAUGUUGAAUGAUAUUGUUAAUGGAACAAAUCCGGGAUGUAGUACAGUGGGAUUCUCAGCGGUGCCUGGAUGGGAUCCAGUGACGGGUCUUGGAACACCUAAUUACCCAAAGAUGUUGGAGUAUUAUCUGAGUUUACCAUAG